AUGACUGCCAACUCCUCCACCGCCGGCAUCAUGAGCACAGUGGCCAGUCAGAUUUUCACUCUCCCAGAGAUUCUCGAGAAUAUCCUGCUUGGUCUCCCGGUUCUGGACCUCCUCUUAGCUCAGCGAGUCGAUAAGACCUUCCAUGGCGUCAUCAACUCGUCCAUUCACAUCAAGCGCGCUCUGUUCUUUGAGACGCGGGUGCAGGCUCAACGCGAGAAGGAUGCGAACACGCCACCUAAGAUCAAUCCACUGCUAAGCAAGAUGCUGCCCAAGGACAUGUCCAAAUGUCUUGUCGAUUUCACUGGAGAGCUUGACAAAAACCGUGAAGAGGCGUUGCAAAAAGUGCGCGAUGCCCGCGCGAUGCCGCUUCACAUCCGCCAAGCCUCUUUGCCUAUGGUAUUCAAUACGCUCACUUGUAAGGAAAUGGACCUUCUCCACUGCUUGUGGCUACCUGGUAGACUCGUGGCCGUCGCCGACACGAAAUUUCAUCUUCAUCUCCCGUACAUUUACGAAGCUCUGCUCCCACAGACACGGCAGCCCAUGCCUGUGAAUGAAGUCGAGUCUUACGAAAAAGCAUCUUGGCGCAGGAUGUAUCCAACGAAUGUUCCCGUCGAGAUUCAUGGACUCCGGAACACAAUUUUCUGCAAUGGUCUCAAUGGUGUCCUCGUACAUGCCGAGCGUCCACCAUGGGGAAACAUGGAUUUUCUUUUUGAUCAACUUCACAUACGACAUUAA